GGGACGACGACUGGGAGGAGCGAAGGUUUGAGGUCCAGGUGGUCGAGCCUACGUAAAAACGCACUAAACACACUCCAAACACUUGCGGAAAAGGCGGAAAAAAGCUCGAUCGUUGCAGUUCCUGUCACUUGUAUGACUUAAUAAGCUUUUCGGAGAAAGCUGUCUGGAUUUGUUUCUGGAGAAAUAACCAAAAGAGCGGAACGUGCAACGGAGGUGCGUUGCUAGGACAUUAAACGGACAAAACGGGACCAACUGUUCAAGUUGAACCUUAGAAUUUGGGCCAAACAAGGCAACCGGCCAAGACGGUUUAUUUCAGCGACAAGUGGAGAUAUGUUUAAGAAAAGCAAGAGUAAAGUGCUGGUGGAUUAUGCGUCAGAGGAAGACGACAUGUCCUGGCACCAGCAUCACUCCUACAAGGACAAAGACAUAGAAGGAGAGGAAGAGGAGGAGGAAGCGGUCACUGCAGUCUCCAAGGAGGCCAAGGUGAAGAAGAUCAUGUCCAAGAAAGAGAGGAAGGAGAAGAAGAUUUCCUCCAAAGACGACGAGCACUUCUUGUUGACAGGAGUUCAACUUGCCGACCGCAGAGGGUCUCACAAGAAAAAUAAGGAGGAUGAGAAGGAGAAGGAAAAGAAGGACAAGCCAGAGAAGGGCAACUGUUUCUGGGAGAGCGUUACCAUGACAAUGAGGCAGAUCUCUCCAACAAAAAAACUGGAGAAGAUGGAGGGUUGGGAGCCGCCUCAGCUGGAGAACUUAAGUGAGACUGUGACCGAUGACGUUCCAGAAGACAAGAGCCAGGAAGGGGACUCUCCGGUGCCCUUCCCCGACUCUCUGGGCCUCCCGUUGGAGCUGGCCUCCUGGGCGGGCCGGGGCCUCGAAGAAGACUCCUCCCGCUAUGCUAAUCUGUCGGACUCCAAGGAUUCAACAGCUGCCGUCAGGUGGACAGACCGCGCCAAAGUCAAGCUGGCCGGCAUCAGCAGGAUGAGCAGAGGGAUUGUGUCAGAAAGUGCUUGGGAGGGGUUUAAAUAGGAGCCAUAUUAUAUUUGAUACCCCUCCCUUCUCAUCAUCAAACCUGAACCAAAUUCUUACUUGUCUCUGUAAUCUAGUUCUGGACGAAACCGAUGUCAACUGGUAUUGAGAUGUUGUUGUAUAGCCAUGAACACAACACAUGAAGUUUGCUUAUUUUUUAAGCUUUGACUUUCUUGAAUACAAAAUAGGUCACUUUUAUCAAUGGUGUCACUUUUGAAUUACUGAAAUAAAAUACAACACAUUAAAGCCUUAAACUACUGGACCAUUUAACUGUGAUAUCCACUGGCCUUGCAUUUACAUAUUUUAUAUCUCCAAAAAUGUAGGAGAUUGAUUUUUGUAUGAUUAUUGUGGCUGACAUAGGUAGAGAAUUAAUGAAGAAUAUGCUAAUCUGCUACUGAAGACUUUUUCACUUCCUUUCUGUCUUUGCAGUUACAGUAUCUGUGUGAAGAGUGUAAGUCUUGAGCCUAAACAUAAAUAUGGGCUUAAAAUCUGUGCAAUCAUAAAACUGUAUAAAAUACUUUGAAUCUGGAAUAUUGGUGUGAAUGUGUGUUUGAAAGUAAGGAGGAACCAAGUUUAUUAAGAGACAUGCACACAUCAAAUUGUAGUAAACGAAAGUUGGCGUGGAAAAGGACAUUUGAAGUUCUGUUAUUUGUAUCGUCUAGGAAUAACUCAAAGACAAUCCCAGUGUCAUGUUUAAAUCCAAUGCUGAAUAUUAUUUAUAGAAAUGUGUAAGGAUGACCAGAUUAAAGCCAAACUUUGUGUAUGCUGGCUUCUUUAGAAAAGCAGUGAGUCCAUGUACCUGGAAAGUGCCUUGUAUCAAUAGAAUGACAUCAUGUGUUUGCUGUAAAUUUGAACUGAACCAUGAGCACAAAGCUGCUGAACUCAUCACGAUGUUUAUGUAUGUGCAGGUGGAUCGACCCAGCAUGCACUUGUGCUGCAUCAGCCAGUAAGACACUAACUGGUUUCCAUUUACAAUCCCUGGCAACCAAAAGCUUGUAUGUGUGUGCAAUGUUAACAUUGUAAAAACCUAGUGAGUUCUCUAAUGCUGUUUUAUAUGUAUAUUUGAUAGGACAGAAACAAUGUCUUCAUUUUUGUUAUGAUUUAUUUUUAGGUGAGGUCACGCCACUGGUCUAUGCUUUUUUUUCUUUUCCUCUUUGUUUCAAUCUGUCUGCUGAAUGUGUUUGAUACUGAAGUCUACUUUGAUGCAGCCAAAACUGUUCACAGAUACAGGUCCACAGAUGCCUGUAUCCUCUAUUUAGUCAUUACAACUGGGUCAAACUUUCUCAUCAGAAUAAAGAUCUAGUCUGAGUGUCUGGCUCUAAUUUAUCCAACAAAUGAAAGUCUGGAGUAAAUGUAACCCUUGAUUGAACAGCUGGUUUUACUGAUACAGUGGCCAAAACAUAAACAAUUGUCCCAAUUGUCCAAG